CACCCCCUCCCCCCCCCCCCCCCUCUCUCUCCAAUUACCCCAUACUUACUCCUUCCUUCGCCUCUUGCUCUGAUACUUCAUUUCAAAACCCUAGUUCUUUUUCCAAUUUCUGAGCCCACGUCAAAUGGGUUUUCGUUUGUGAAGGUUUUUAAUAACAGUGGAUUUUAAUCUGACCGCAUUUAUGCUUUUGUAAAGAAUUUCUACCUCUAUAUAUUUUAGUUUAAAAAACAUCAUCUUUAAGUUUUCAUACUGUAAAUUAUUGCGGCUGCUUUGGUGGUUCGAUUCUAUGGCUGCAGUUGCUGAGAUUUCCGGUGAUUCAGCCGCUGCCACCAAAUUGGACUCAAAACCGAAGCCCGAUACCGAAUUUAAUGUACAGAAGCUGGUUGAUAUGUUUACAAAGCUGAAUCCUUUGGCUAAAGAGUUUUUCCCAUCAUCGCACUCUCAUAAUCAUCUUCCUCAUCUGAGCUCUAAUCAGUUCUUUCCCCACAAUUUUCUGCUUAAGCCAUCUGACAAUGACAAUUACUCAAACAACCGAAGGAGAAGAAACAAUUUCAAUCAGGGAAGAAGGCUGAAUGGAAGAGUGCACAAGGCCCAAAGGGAAGACAGCAUUAGAAGAACAGUAUAUGUUUCUGAUAUCGAUCAGCAUGUAACUGAGGAGCGGCUUGCUGCCUUAUUUUCAAGUUGUGGGCAAGUAAUUGAUUGCCGAAUUUGUGGUGAUCCACAUUCAAUCCUUCGUUUUGCAUUUGUGGAGUUUGCAGAUGAACGAGGUGCAAGAGCAGCUCUAAACCUCGGUGGCACUGUACUUGGCUACUAUCCAGUCAGGGUUCUUCCUUCAAAAACUGCUAUUCUUCCUGUGAAUCCUACAUUCCUACCCAGGUCAGAUGAUGAGCGGGAGAUGUGUAGCAGGACUGUUUAUUGUACAAAUAUUGACAAAAAGAUUUCUCAAGCUGAAGUGAAGAAUUUUUUUGAAACAGCUUGCGGAGAGGUUACACGCUUGAGGCUUUUAGGGGAUCACGUGCAUUCAACGCGAAUUGCUUUUGUAGAAUUUGCAAUUGCAGAAAGUGCCAUUGUUGCUCUAAAUUGUAGUGGGAUGCUCCUGGGAACUCAGCCUAUCAGGGUAAGUCCUUCAAAGACACCUGUGAGGCCAAGGAUUGCCCAUCCAAUGUCACGUUGACUGCUUGGUCCGGUCCAAUGCUUAGAGAGACAAUUUAGUCAACUUUUCAGCUGAGAGAUGUGUAGACUGAAAGGGGCGGUGAAACUUCCCUUUGUUUCAGUAUUUCCAUCUUUUCUGUCAACAGCAGUUGCUGUUUGUUGCCUGAGUUUACCAUGUUUGGCUCUACUUAAAGACUUAAAGUUACCAUCUUGAUCUUUUAAAUGUUUGACCAUAUCUUCGGUUUAAGUGGGCUAGUUCUUUUAUUUA